AUGUGUAUCAAACUCGUGUUUACAGUGAAAUAUCUGCGGGAAGUAACGCCAUACUUCAGACGGAGCACCAUCAUCGGUGAGGUCGGCUGGGACACACCUUCGCCUUACAUCAUCAAAGAACCCGGCGCCAACUCCCAAGUAACGCGCAACCACUGGACUGAAAUGAAAGUCAUACCUCUUAAACUCUGCUACGUGACGCGAAACCUCACGAUAAACGACGCCGAUCAGAGAACUGUAGAGCUCCACUCGCCCGAUGGCAGGAGCUCGUGUAUACUGCGGUGUACGGAUGUGACGUCGGCAAACGAGUGGUUCAGUGCAUUACACGCUAACGUGUCGUUAUUAGCGAUUCAGGCGGUGUGCGAGGCGAACGAUAUUCUCAGGUCAACUCCGGGUAGUAGAGAGGUCAAACACAUGGGAUGGUUGUGUGAACAGUGCCACACAGAAGCAGAUCUAUCAGCCUGGAAACCUGUGUUUGUAGCAAUCACCGAUAAGGAUUAUCUGAUGUACGACAGUGUCCCCUUUACCAGAGAGGAGUGGGGAAAACCUUUCCAAAGCAACUCACUUCUUGCCACUAGAUUAAUAUACUCAGGUAGUCCAAAGGGUACUCUGUCAAACAGAUCCGGUAGCGAGCUGACGUUUGGUACCCGGACAGGAACCCGCAGCGGUAUUGAAGCACACCUCUUCAGGGUGGAUACAAGGAGAGAUCUGGCAGCAUGGACACGGCAGUUGGUUCAGGGAUCGCACAAUACCGCCCUCAUUGUCAAAGAAGUGACGUGUCCUGCAGCAUGGAACGGAAGAGAAACGCGGUUACGGAUCCACUACGAGAACGGUUUCACUCUGAGUGUUCCUACGGCUGACGGUCAGGUGGACAACAGUAAUCAACUCAACAUGCUCUGGUCCUACCCGUUUGAGAAGCUCAGGUAUUCAUCGGAUGAUUCCAAGAGGUUGCUCUGGCUUGACUUUGGAGCCGGAGAGGGAGAAUUCGAGUUGGAUCUCCAUGGGUGUCCCAAGCCUAUUGUCUUCAUCAUCCAUACGUUUCUGAGUGCGAAGGUCACACGGAUGGGCCUGUUUGCCUGAUAGCCACUCCGUCCUGAUUACUGCAAUAGCGUGAUAUGAUACGAAGCAAAACAACCCUGCCACCAUCGUGUGAAACAGCCAUUUAAACUGUCUCAUUGUGCAUGGCCGGGUCUUGAUAUGACUGUGGCUUUUAGAGAAUAGUGUAUCUUUGAUGAUAGAAGAGCUUGGCUGGACAACACCUUGGGGAGGGAGGGAAGAAGAGUAGCAAGACUCACUACCUUCUUCAGAGCUCGUGAAGGGUAUCUAUAAAUUUCAGUCGAGACCUGCUGCACCCUGUCUCUAGACAAACUAGAAGAUAUCACAAUGAAUCGUAUGCGGAAACAGGCCUCAGUUAUAAUUCCUUUAAAUAUUUGUUAACAUUUUUUCUUAAAUUUCCAAGAACAUUUUACAGAUUGGAAUUCUUUACCUGAAUCCUCGGCAUAUAUUCAAGGCUACAAACUACUCAAAAACCAAACUGGAACAAUAUCAGUAAUAUAUUUUUAUUAGUUUUGUGCCACCAACCCAGAUUUGUUUUACUCCUCAGGAAUGGCGAGCCAUGUUUAUCCAGAUUCAGAUACUAUGGAUGAUGUGGACCAAAUACCAAGGACCCACACAAGAAAGCUACAAGAAGACCUUCUGCAGAUGCCUACAGGAGGUGGCUGAAGGCGACCUACACUGUAUAACUAUUGAAAGACAAUUCUGAUGGUGUAUUCUGAGUGUAUGGAUGGAAGGAGUCAUUAUAAAUCCCAUCCUUUAUUACACCAAACAGAUAACUUCAGAAGACCUAUAAAAGAUAUACAUCAAGGAUCUGGCAGUGACCUAGACCAGAUUUGUCUGAGAGACAUCCACCUUAUGAUUAUGGAAGACCACACUGCAGAGUCAAAAGGACACAUUAUAAAUGAUAUUAUGCCAAUUAGCUCUGUAAGAUCUACAUCAGAUAGUCAAUGAAGAUAUACUAUACAGCAGAUAUGCAGAAGACCUACAACAGAUAUCCAUUGAAGACUUAUGCCAGAUUAACCAGAUAAGCCUAGAAGACCCACAUCAGAUGGCUGACAGAAGACCUAGUUACAAGAGAUUAAAAUAGAAGACUUAGUGUGUAAAAGUAGCAUGCAACCC